CUGGAUAUGGGUCUAGAAGGGAAGGUGAUUCGAUUGCAGGACCUGUCGGCCGUCAUCCUGAUGGUGGCCAGAAACCCGCGGGGACAUCACCUUGCCUGGAACUUUGUCAAAAAGAACUGGGAUUUGCUGGUUCAGAAGUUCCAGUUGGGUUCAUUUUGUAUUAGAAACAUCCUCAUCGGCACCACAGGCCAGUUUUCAUCUCCAGAGGAACUCACUGAAGUGCAGUUGUUCUUUGAGUCCAUCAAGGAACAGACGUCUCAGCUGAGAACUGUUCAGAUUGCUCUGGAUAAUGUGCGGAAAAAUGUCCGCUGGGUUCAGAGAAACCUAGGAACCCUGAGAAACUGGCUGAAUGAGCAAAUGAAGUGAACAGCAGCAGAAAAAGAGGUGGUGGCUGACACAUACCACAAAAAGAGAAAGGCUAUUUGAAAGUGUUCUGAAGUUGUGUUUUACUUGGAAAUUUUAUUGUGCUUGACAUCACUGGAGAGUUGACAGUUUUCUAUUUAAAACAGUAUGUUGUAAAUUUUCUGAGGUCUUUUUUGGAACAAUACUUGGUAGAACUGACAACUGACCAGUGUGUGUUUGAGGAGCCAUGUGCGUACCAUGAAUAUUAGGGAUACAA